CUGAGCACUGAGCCACCUUCACGCUGCUGCCCAGCAGCCCAGGAACAGAAGCAGGUCUAAAUACAGGCUGGACCUCCAUCCUGUGAACACACCUGCAGAGAGGCAGCUGCCUCCUGGCACCUUUAUCUGGUGCAGUGAUCCUGAACAGUGGGGCUGGCUCCUUGAGUGGAGGCUGAGUUGGCCCCCGUGACAGGUGUGCAGGGCAUCUGCAGCCACCCCACCAUGCUCCUGGUGUCUACCAUAUCCGCUGUGCCUGGGCCACUUUUGCCCCCUAGCUCUCCCAGCAACAGCAGCCAGGAGGAGCUACUGGAUGACCGAGACCCGCUGUUAGUCCGGGCUGAAUUAGCCCUGCUUUCUACCGUCUUUGUGGCUGUGGCUUUGAGCAACGGCCUAGUGCUGGGUGCCCUAAUACGACGGGGCCGGCGUGGCCGCUGGGCACCCAUGCAUGUCUUCAUCAGCCAUUUGUGCCUAGCUGACCUGGCUGUGGCUCUGUUUCAAGUACUGCCCCAGCUGGCUUGGGAUGCUACUGACCGUUUCCAUGGCCCUGAUGCCCUGUGUCGGGCUGUCAAGUACCUGCAGAUGGUGGGCAUGUAUGCCUCCUCCUACAUGAUUCUGGCCAUGACGCUAGACCGCCACCGUGCCAUCUGCCGCCCUAUGCUGGCAUACCGCCACGGAGGUGGGGCUCGCUGGAACCGGCCAGUGCUGGUGGCCUGGGCCUUCUCACUCCUUCUCAGCCUGCCUCAGCUCUUCAUCUUUGCUCAACGUGAUGUGGGAAAUGGCAGUGGGGUGUUCGACUGCUGGGCCAGAUUUGCAGAGCCCUGGGGCCUGCGUGCCUAUGUCACCUGGAUUGCCUUGAUGGUGUUUGUGGCACCUGCUCUGGGCAUUGCUGCCUGCCAGGUUCUUAUCUUCCGGGAGAUUCAUGCCAGUCUGGUGCCAGGGCCAUCUGAGAGGGCAGGGAGGCGUUGCAGAGGACACCGGACAAGCAGUCCCAGAGAAGGACCCCAUGUGUCAGCAGCCAUGGCCAAGACCGUGAGGAUGACGCUGGUGAUUGUGAUUGUCUACGUGCUGUGCUGGGCACCCUUCUUCCUCGUGCAGCUGUGGGCAGCGUGGGACCCAGAGGCUCCUCUAGAAAGACCCCCUUUUGUGUUGCUCAUGCUGCUGGCUAGCCUUAACAGCUGUACCAACCCCUGGAUCUAUGCUUCCUUCAGUAGCAGUGUCUCCUCGGAGCUUCGUAGCCUGCUUUGCUGUGCUCAGAGGCAUACUACGCUCAGCCUGGGGCCUCAAGAUGAGUCCUGUGCCACGGCCAGCUCCUCUCUGACCAAGGACACACCCUCCUGAGCAGCCAUUGGGCUCUUUCCAUCCUAAAACUCAGCGCAGCUCAGCUGACUGUCUGGGGUUGGCCCUGGGAGCUCAAGAGAGGGGAACUUUAGCUAUCCUUGGUCCUCCCCUAGGUCUUAUUGAUCCCAGAUAUGUAAAAAGGAAUAUUCCAGGACUGUAAGAAAAUCCUUAAGUUGGUUCCUUUGUGUCAGACAUGAGAAGCACCUGAGACAGAUGUCUCAAACUCUGGGAAGAGAACAAGCAACAGAGGUGUUUGUGCUUCCUACCCUGGCGAGCACACUGCAGUAAGGAGGAGUCCCAGGGAGCUGGAAGAAGGACCAGGGUAGGGCGAGUAGACCCUUCCUGUCAUUCCUCCCCUCUGUCUAUCUCCAUAAUAAAAGUCGCAAUUCAUUUUCCACAUGAAAAAACUUUCCUUGGACCAGG